GCCACCGCCGCGCGCUACCAGCCGGCCUGCCCCACGCGGGAGGCCUGUGUCUACAGCAGCUGCUAUUGUGUAUGCUCUUCUCCAUAUGAGGAUAUUUAAGGAAGAAAUUGUUAAUAUGGUGCCACUGAACAGAGAUAUGAAGAAAAAGGAUGGGAGCUUUCUGGAUAUUAGAAUAAGGUCCAGCAAAAGAAAAAACAAAACAAAAAAACAGAUGUAGAGGCUGAAAAGGAAGCCUCCUGUGAGCACAGUGCCCUGGUUUGCCUGGUACCUUUGCAGACCCUGCUGUUCCAUGGUUCCAAGGAGAAAUAAGCUAAUGCUUUGCAUUCAGACUUCAAUGCUGUUUUGUGGAUGCUUGAUCCAUUUUCCCCAUAAUGCCACCUAUCUUCUGCUAAAGACCUGCCACCUUUCAAAAAAUCUCAAACGAGGAAAAUAUUUGGAAGCUCUGUGAAUACAUCAAAACCCAUGCACAAUGUCCUUUAGAAGAGUGCUAUGCUGUCUUCAUAUCAAAUGAGAAGAAGAUGAUUCCUAUCUGGAAACAGCAAGCAAGACCUGGGAAUGGACCUGUGAUCUGGGAUUACCACGUUGUUUUGCUUCACACAUCAAGUGGAGGACAGAGCUUCAUUUAUGAUCUCGACACUGUUUUGCCAUUUCCCUGCCCAUUUCACACUUACGUAGAAGAUGCUCUUAAGUCUGAUGAUGACAUUCACCCACAGUUUAGGAGGAAAUUUAGAGUGAUCCGUGCAGAUUCUUACUUGAAGAACUUUGCUUCUGACCGCUCUCACAUGAAAGAUUCCAGUGGGAACUGGAGGGAGCCUCCUCCACCCUAUCCCUGCAUUGAAACUGAAGACUCCAAAAUGAACCUGGACGAUUUCAUCAGUAUGGAUCCUGAUGUGGGAUGGGGAGCUGUCUAUACACUAUCAGAAUUUGUACAUCGGUUUAGCAGUAAAAACUGCUAAACUUGACAUCAGGACAUGGAACUGUGGAGAAAUUCUAUGAUGAGCCAUCCUUUCAUUUAGGACAGCAGACAUUAUGGAACAGUUGGCUUGGAGUUAAGUUUUUCUCUUUUCAGUUGAGUGGAAACAUGACUGAAUAUAAAUACAAAUGAAGGAAAUGAAACCUUUUCUUUGGGACUGGGGAUCUACUACUGUGUUAUCCUUAGCCAAAAAAGGCCUUAAGUUUGGUUCUUAUAAUGAUGCCCUAAAUAUUUAUUUUUGUGAUCCAGAUCAUAAAAACAAACAAAUAAAAAAAAAACCCACAAAAAACAUCUUUCCUUUUGAUAAUGUCAAGUUAUAGUAUAUGAUUGUUAAAACAUUCCUGUGGCUCAUUUGUCAGAAUGUUAGAAUGUUAUGGUCUUAUUAAGUAGAAGUAUGGACUUGGAGGAAUUUGGAGCCUUUUGUCUUUUCUGGAUGCUUCCUAUGUUUCUUGCUAUACUGAAAGCAAUUCUUGGGUAGGGCUGUGAAUGGUGGCUCUGUGAUUCUCCAAUGCCCGUAAGAGAUGCCCAUAAAAUGUUUCUAGAGACAGCGCAGCUGCUUGGAAAGGGACAGUAUUGUAGGCUGAAUCAGCAAUAAGUAUUAGUCAUUUUGGACUAUCAUGGUAAAAAAAAAAGUUUGCAGUUCUCUUGGGCUGAGUGUUAUUUGACCUAUUUAUAUAUGGUUUUAAAUAAAAUUUACUUAAAAUUAA